AUGCGUAAAAUGCAUGUCUGGGACGAAAAUAAUCUAAUAGAUAUUUCGGAGGUAGACCGAAAUAAAGUGAUUAACCCAAUGCUAGUGUUCAGCAUUAAAAGAGAUGGUACGAAGAAGUGUAGAUUGGUUGCAAGAGGAGACCAACAAGACCUCAGCACUUAUUCGAAAGAUAGACAACAAGAUACCAUCAACAACAUGGCGCUUAUGACAGUGUUAGCUGUAGCACUAGAUCAUAAUUUAAUUAUCAAACAAUUGGAUAUUUCAUCCGCUUACCUAUACGCUGAUCUUAAAGAGGAGAUAUAUAUUCGUGCACCACCUCAUAUCAAGCAAAAGGAUAAAGUAUUAAGACUCAAUAAAUCCUUAUACGGUCUAAAGCAAAGCGGAGCCAAUUGGCAGAAAACAAUUAAGGAUUACCUAAAAGGCAAAUGUGAAUUGGAAGAAAUGAGAUUUUGGCCUUGCGUCUUUACUAAAGGUAAAUUCCUAGAAAUAAUUGUAUGUUUAUUCGUUGAUGACAUAGUCAUAGCCGGCAACAACGUUAACACAAUAAACCAAUUCAUAACAGAUCUACAAAACAGAUUUGAUACUAGAAUAGUGAACGACGGUUCACCAAACGAACGUGACGCAGUUCGAUAUGACAUCUUGGGCAUAGAUGUAGAAUACAAAAAGGGUGUAAGCAUGAAGUUUGGAAUGCUAGAAAGUUUAACUAAGAAACUACCACUACUAGGGGUUGAAUUCAAGAAAGAAUCAAGAUACAACAUAGUCCCAGGAACCCCAAACAGAUCUUUAAAUCAAGAUUUGGAUAUACCAUGUGAUAAAGAUUACAAUGCAAAAGUAAAUUGGAUCCAAAGAGCGAUUGGAUUAAGCAAUUACGUUGCCAUGAAGUACAGAUUUGACAUAGCGUACUAUACUAACAUAUUAGCACAACAUCAACUAUACCCCAGUGAUGCGGUACUAUUUGAGACUGAAAGAUUAUUGCAGUACUUAUGGACGACGAGAGGCAAACGUUUAGUGUGGAAACGAAACGAAAAGGAGACGUCAGAGUUAAUAGGCCUAACAGACGCAUCUCAUGCCAAAGGUUUAAAAUAUAAAUCCCAAGCAGGAUACUUUUGCAUAUGGAAUGGAAAGAAAUUAUUUGCAAGAUCAACUAGAACAUCUUAUGUGUGUGAAUCAUCCACACAAUCUGAGACAUACGCUGCAAGUGAAUGUCUUGCAAUAUCAAGAAGUAUAAAUUAUCUACUUUCUACGCUCACCGGUAAGAAACCAGAUCAGAUUUUACUUACCGAUAACACAGCACUAAUAAAUUCGAUAAAGGGAACUAAAACCAUAAACCUGGAUCCAGACAUAAUGAUUUAA